AUGGAGAUUCACAAUCCAGGGGCUGUGCCUAACAUAGAGUCUCGGAUUAAAUUAUUUAGAAGCAAAACCACUGCAAUAGCCGAUAUAUUGCAAAUAAGUGGAUUUGUUUGGAACUUCGAGAUAUGCACUAUUGAAUGUGAAAAAAGUGCAUAUGAUGAGUAUGUCAAGAAUCAUAAGAAGGAAGCCGAUCUUUAUGGAAAAGCUUUUCCUUUCUUCAAUGAUCUUGUUGCGGUCUUUGCAAGAGAUAGAGCACAUGGAAGUACAAGAGGUGAUAUUGGUGAUGAUGCCGAUCAGAAUUUACAUGAGAAUGUCACAUUGGAUGAUGACACGGGCUUCUUUCAAUUUGGAAGUGAUGAUGUUUGUAUGGAUACACAGGAACCCAUUCUGAGUCCAUCACCCAUAGGAUCAGAAACAAGUACUUCAAGAGUACGUCGGAAGAGGAAAAGUGUUGUGGACCAAUCAUCUGAGAAAAUUCCACAAAAUUUGAACCAUUUUGUUGAAGUUAUUGGUCCAGGAUUUAAGACACUAGCUGAUGUUGCUGCGCAUAAAGUAGCCCGUGAUGAGGCCUGUGAAGCCCGUGAGAAAGCACAUUACGAUGCUCUUGCUGAAAUUGUCAAAAUGAAGAACAUGUUGCCACAAGUGCUUUUUGAGAUUGAUGGUCUAUCUGAGGAUGAGGCGUUGUUCAUCUUACAGGUUUUGCCCAAAGAUGACGACCAAAUGAAAAUUUUCUUCGAGUUACCUGACAACAAGAAGCUUCGUUUUUGUCAUAUAUUGUUGUCACGAUUGUCAUUUAAAGCACCUAAUAUGUGACCUCAUGAGUUGGCUUAAUUUUGAUUGGGUGGUGUUUCUUUUAAAAUCUAGUGUCUUGUGUUAGGCAGUUUUUAUGGAUUGUAUUGCAAGAACAAUGUGUUUGUUUUAAAGUUUGUUUUUAUGGAUUGUAUUGCAAGAAUAAUGUGUUUGUUUUGAUGUUUGUUUUUAUGGAUUGUAUUGAAGGACAAUGUGGUUAUUUUAAAGUUUGUU